CCCGAACCCUCACCGAGAGCGCGAGAACUGAAACAAUGCGAGGAGCCCUAAAACCCUUAUCGUCUUUAAUUCUUCGCAAUUUUCGAUCCAAUUCUCUCGCCGUAAAGCCGUCGCUCUUCAUUCAGAGAGUAGAAAGAGGCGAUCGAAUUCGAUCGUUUGGGAGUAAGAGGAGAUCUCUAUCAUCGUCAGCAGCAGCAUCACCAGAAGUGGCUGAAACACUCUUGGAAUAUGAAAGGGAUCAACUUUAUGAUGAUGAAAAGGUGAUAGAGAAAGAGGAGACACUUCGUCUUGCUCUUUCUCAGCUUGCAGGUGAUUUUGAUAGAGAAUCUCGCUUAUCUUUGCAUAGGUUUUCUCGUACAAGGUACACACCAGUGAUCUCAACAGGUUCUCUGAAGCUCGAUCUUGCUCUUGGCAUUGGAGGGCUGCCAAAGGGUAGAAUUGUUGAAAUUUAUGGGAGAGAAGCUUCUGGCAAAACAACACUUGCCCUCCACAUUGUGAAGGAGGCUCAAAAGCUUGGAGGAUGUUGUGCAUAUCUAGACGUUGAGAAUGCUCUGAAUGGCUCAUUUGCGGAUGGCAUGGGUAUCAACACAAAAGAUCUUCUUGUUGUGCAUCCUAACAGUGCUGAAAACUCUCUGAGCAUUCUGGACACUUUGGUUAAUAGUGGAUCAGUAGAUGUUAUCAUUGUGGAUAGUGUAGCCGCUCUCGUCCCUCAAUGUGAACUUGAUGGCUUGAUAGACAUCUACUCUCAUGAUGCACAAUCAAGAUUAAUGAACCAAGCCCUUCGAAAAAUUCAUCUCUCUCUAAGUCGGUCCCAAACUCUUGUAAUUUUUGUUAAUCAGAUCAGGACAAGAUCUGCUGUAGAUACAAGUCAGAGAAACGAGGUGACUUGUGGUGGUAAUGCCCUGAAAUUCUACUCUGCUAUUCGAAUGAGAAUUACAAGAAGAAAUUUGCUACACACUGAAGAUAAGAUCACUGGCGUUGGCAUCUCAGUGCAAGUCAUGAAAAAUAAAUUGUCACGAUCAAUGAAGACAGCUGAUUUGGAUAUCGAAUUUGGCAGGGGCCUUCGUCAUGAAGCCGAGGUAUUGGAGAUGGCUUCUAAGCAUGGGAUUGCAAUGAGGGAAGGAGAUGGGUAUUGGAUAAAUGGCAACUUUUUCGAGAAUCAAAUAAAAGCUGAAGUGUAUCUAAAGGAAAAAAUUGAAGUAGCGGAUGAGCUUGUGGCUGCGUUGAGAAGCCAAUUAUUUGAGAUGGUACCUGAAGAUGAGUAGAGCAUCAAAGGCUCUUUGCUUCGGAUUGUAUCGACAACCCCGAAUUUUAAAGAUGAAAUUGAUUAUCUAGGUUACGAACCGAGAGAAAAAGAUGCAAGUUUUAAAGGCGAGUCUACAGUUGAUGAAUAUUAAACUAGCAGCAUCUCAGACAAACUAGCUUGAGCUCCUGAAUGCCAAAUUGUAUCCUGAGUCAGAUUCCAAUAUUGAGAAUUGGUGUAUUUGGGAGUUUAGAAUCAGAAUUUAGAUCAUCAGAUUGGUUUUUGUGACAUUUUCUUUUUGUUGUGUUUAUGAAUUCAUGUAUGUAUUGA